UGAAAUAAAGUGGUCAUUUUUCAAAACUCAGAACCUAGACGUUUCAUUUUAGAAUGUUCACCGACUCUGUCAUCAUCGUCUUCAACCUCAGAAAAAUCAGCUGCAACUGAUUCUUUUGUAUUAUCAUACAGUCGGUUCCAAUGGAAGAUAAGCCCUCACGUAAGCGCCAGUUCUUUGAGGAAAAAGAUUCCAGCAAGCAACCCAUGCAGAAAAGGGUGAGAUUUCCCAAGGGUAAGAAGGUGAAGCCUGGGGAUGAAGUGGUGGUGGACAAAGGAAAGGCUGUUGAUGAUGGCCAAAGUGACUUAACAGAUCCUCGUCUUGCUGCCAAGGAGCGUGCAAAUCGUAGGACCCAAAUGACUUUUGAGCUUUUUAGUGAAGAAAGUAGAGGCAUUGUUAAUGAUAUCUCAGCUGCUGAAGAGACUUAUGAGGAUAAUGAAAAUUUCGUUGAUGAUGGGAUUCACAUAGAACCCUUUAAUCUGGACAAGGAGAGAGAAGAGGGUUAUUUUGAUGCAGACGGAAAUUUCAUUGAAUAUGUCAAUUAUAAUGAAAUCAAGGAUGCAUGGCUUGAUAGUCUUGAAAUUGAUCAAAGAUUUGCUGGCACUGCUGUUACACAUAAUAAACCUGUUGAUAAUGAAGAUGAAGAUGAUAUCCCUGACCUCACUUCUGAAGAACUAGGAGUGAUAAAGAGGCGUAUUGCCAACGUGCUUGAGCCGGGAGAAACUGUUACACAAGCUUUGAGAAGGCUGAAGGGAACUUCAAAUAACAAGAAGGAAAAGAUGUCGGCUGAGACAAAGCGUGUAUUUGACCAGUUAACUGAGGAUGCCAUGAAGCUGAUGGAGGAGAAUGGUGAAUUUAAUGUGUAUAAUGACAAGCGUGAAACUUUUGUGCGUGAGGCAGAGGGGUAUGAGAGGUUAGCUCAGUCAAGGGGAAAGGGCCCAUCUGUGAAUGCUGGACAGGAAAAUCAUGAUCCAAAUGGGGAGAAGUACGUGUUAUCUGAUGUAAUUGUUCCUGGAUCUACUGCUUCACUGUUCUCUGACUCUGCAGUGGGAACCUCAAGUGCCAAUGUAACUGCAACGGAAAUGCCGAAUAAUGAAGACGAUGAGUAUGAUAUGUUUGGGGAUGAAGAUGAAAAUGCUACCAAUAAACCAUCUACUGAUAAGCCUAAUUCAAGUACAAUCGGUCAAUCAUCAUCAGAUGCGCAGAACACAGCUUCUGAGAGUGGAUCUUGGCAAACUGAUUAUGUCUAUGAUGAGUCUUCUGGGUAUUAUUACAGUAGCAGUUUGGGCUAUUAUUACGACCCAUCUACUGGACUAUAUUGCUCAGCAGCUUCAGGGCAAUGGUACUCAUAUAAUGAGGAGACCGGUGCAUAUGAAGAAGUCAAGGAGGCUGCCUCCAGUGCAAACUGACGAGCAAACAAUUUUGCAGCUACACUUUAGGAGUUUGUACAGGCUACAGAAUGACUUGUAAAACUAGAGAUUGGAUUAUACCAGCUGGUUUUUUUUUUUUUUUUUUUUUUUUUGGUUGAC